UCGGGCCGGGAGAGAGGCGGGAGGCAGAGCCCAGCCCAGCUCCAAGCCGCCCCUCUCUCCUCGGCCGGCCUUGUCUGCAAGCGGCCCAAGCCCAAGCUUCCCCGCCCCGUCCCUUCGGUCGGUCGGUCGGUCGGUCGGUCGGUCGGUCCGUCCGUCCCCGCCGGCCCGGGGCCCCGAUCGCGGGGAGAAGCCCCGGAGAGGCUCGCACCAUGAGCGGCGGAGAGGUGGUCUGCUCGGGGUGGCUCCGGAAAUCCCCCCCGGAGAAAAAGUUGAAGCGUUAUGCAUGGAAGAGAAGAUGGUUCGUGCUGCGGAGUGGCCGUUUAACAGGAGAUCCGGAUGUCUUGGAAUACUAUAAAAAUGACCAUGCCAAAAAACCUAUCCGUAUCAUUGACUUAAAUUUAUGCCAGCAAGUAGAUGCUGGAUUGACAUUUAACAAAAAGGAGUUUGAAAAUAGCUACAUUUUUGACAUCAACACUAUAGACCGCAUCUUCUACUUGGUGGCAGACAGCGAAGAGGAGAUGAAUAAGUGGGUUCGAUGUAUCUGUGACAUCUGUGGGUUUAACCCAACAGAGGAAGAUCCUGUGAAACCCCCUGGAGCCUUGCCAGCAUCUGCUGAGUUGCCUUUAGCUAUCAAUACUUCACCCCCAUCUAUGCAGGCAGAGUCAUCCUUAGGCUCUCUACCUCCUCCUUAUCAACUAAUUAAUCUACCACCACAUCUGGAGGCUCUUUCCAUUCAAGAUGAUCCCCAAGACUACCUGUUGCUAAUCAACUGUCAAAGCAAGAAGCCUGAACCUGCAAGCCAAGGUUCAUCUUUUGUCUCUGAAGAAGGGGAGGAAUAUCUACUCCUAGAAGAUUUUGAAAGCAAAAAGAUGCCACUGCAACCCCAUGCUGAGUCUGCGAAAUCCACCUCCUCCGAAACAGACUGCAAUGACAACGUCCCGUCUCACAAAAAUCCAGGUUCCUCCCAGGGCAAACACGCGGUGAAUGGCUUUUUCCAGCAGCCAAGCAUGUACGACUCCCCGCCCUCCCGCGCCGCAUCCGUUUCUAUAGACUCCAGCCUUUAUAACCUGCCGAGGAGUUACUCCCACGAUGUUUUGCCAAAAGCAGCUUCUCCAUCGAGCACCGAGGCGGACGGAGAACUCUAUGUUUUUAAUACCCCAUCUGGAGCAUCAUCAGUAGAGAGUCAAAUGAGGCACGUCUCUCUGAGCUAUGACAUUCCCCCAACGCCCGGAGGUACUUACCAGAUUCCACGAACUUUUCCAGACGGAACCUUGGGACAGACGUCCAAGCUAGAGACUAUUCCGGAUAUACCUCCACCCCGGCCUCCGAAACCCCACCCAGCUCACGAUCGAUCCCCUGUGGAAACGUGUACCAUAACCCGCACUGCCUCAGACACUGACAAUAGUUACUGCAUCCCUACAGCGGGGGUGCCGCCAUCGCGUAGUAAUACCAUUUCCACUGUGGAUUUGAACAGAUUGCGAAAAGAUGCUACUUCUCAAGACUGUUAUGAUAUUCCCCGAACAUUUCCAAGCGAUAGAUCUAGCUCACUUGAAGGCUUCCAUAACCACUUUAAAAACAAAAGCAUGUUGACAGUGGGAAGUUUGUCAAGUGAAGAACUAGAUGAAAACUAUGUCCCGAUGAAUCCCAACUCACCAUCACGACAGCAUUCCAGCAGUCUCACUGAGCCAAUCCAGGAAGCAAACUAUGUACCAAUGACACCAGGCACGUUUGAUUUUUCGUCCUUUGGAAUGCAAGUCCCUCCUCCUGCUCACAUGGGCUUCAGGUCAAGUCCAAAGACCCCUCCCAGAAGGCCAGUUCCUGGAGUAGACUGUGAGCCUCCACCAGUGGAUAGGAACCUCAAGCCAGACAGAAAAGGUCAAAGUCCUAAAAUUUUAAGACCUAAACCACAUGGUUUAGAGAGAACUGACUCACAAACCAUAGGUGACUUUGCCACAAGAAGAAAGGUAAAGCCAGCGCCACUUGAAAUAAAACCUUUACCUGAAUGGGAAGAACUUCAAGCCCCAGUCCGAUCUCCUAUUACUAGAAGCUUUGCCCGAGACUCCUCCAGGUUUCCUAUGUCUCCCAGACCGGAUUCAGUUCAUAGCACAACUUCAAGCAGUGACUCGCACGACAGUGAAGAGAAUUAUGUACCCAUGAAUCCAAAUCUAUCCAGUGAAGACUCAAAUCUGUUUGGCAGCAGUAGUCUUGAUGGAGGAAGCAGCCCUAUGGUAAAGCCUAAAGGAGAUAAGCAAGUGGAAUAUUUAGAUCUAGAUUUAGAUUCUGGAAAAUCCACACCACCUCGUAAGAAGAAGAGCAGUGGCUCCGGUAGCAGUGUGGCAGAUGAAAGAGUAGAUUAUGUCGUAGUUGACCAACAGAAGACGCUGGCCCUGAAGAGCACCCGAGAAGCAUGGACCGAUGGGAGACAGAGUACGGAAUCUGAAACACCCACUAAGAGUGUCAAAUGAUAACACUCCCUUGCCUUCCAAAAAUGAAAAGAAACCUAAACUAUUAGGUUAACCCACGGUAACACCCGGAACCACAUCUGCAAGAAUAUUUGACCGGAGAGUAUUUGAGAGCUCAUCUGCAGGCAGAUCUUUGACGGAAGAGAGUCGGAGACAAUGAGCAUUUCAGAUGAAUCCAAACAAUUUAAGACCCUACAUGGUGCUUUGUGGUAUCUGUACAAGUCAUAAGAUGUAAAUAACCUGUAAAGACGUGUCGCUUAGCUCCCAGAGAAACAAUUGAUCUGCAUUUAACACAUCUGUAGUAUUAUUCUAUUUAUGCACUUUUUCAGUUUAAGACAUCGGUUCAGAUAUUCCCAGCUCGUGUUACCUUAACACCAUUGCUUUGGGAGUUUCUUGUUUUCACACUACUCUUCAUAACAAUCCUAGGUUAACUAAGCUACUUGUAGAUAUGGAAAUUGGUGUUUAAACUUCAGUUUCACAACUUUUAACUGAAAUAACAGAAAUGGAUUCACAACUGAAUCACUGACCUGAACCUUCAAGUGGGGGCCAUUAGCUGAAUGCCGUUUUUAUAUGUCGUGCAAAGAAUAUCUGGAAGCCGACCAGUUGCCUUCCUAACACAAUUUGCUACAAGUUAAUAAUAAUGAACUAUUGUGUGUUUAGGACCUACCAUUCUGCCUGAUGAACAUUUAGUCCUUAGGGGUGGACUUUGUGUUGUGGUGUGUUAAUGGCAGUGUUCAUUGGGUGAGGAUUCUGCAGGGUGGGAUCUUGCCCUUUUUUAAAGACUGAAUAAUUAAAUACCAAGGAAGCCUGCAAAGCACUGAUGGCAUGCAGUAGUAUUGUGAUCUCACACUUAUUAACGUGUAGUAACCUUGACAUUAUUUACAGAAGGUAGAAUAUAUAAAUAAUCAGGUACGUACCAAGCACUAUUGUGCUAAUACACUGAUCAGGUUUUGACAGUGAGCCUUAGUUUUGUACAUCUUGGAAAGUCCUGGUAUUGGUUUCCAGUUUGAAAUUAAUGGGACAAUUGACAUUCACUGUUAGUAGUACUAGCAAGAUACUGUGAUUUUUAAUUAGACAGUAAUUCAGAUUUAUUACUCUAUGAAUGGAGAUGCUAUGUUUUGACACCAUAGUGCCCUUUUUAUGAUUUUUAUGUUACUUAAUCUCCUUCUUGGCCUUAUAUUUAAAUCCCUAUGCAACUGAUAUUUUAUAUCUACAUUUAAAAGAAAAAUAGAUACUGUUAUCUGAGUGAUUUCUGUGUACAACACCUGUUGCUUUUCCUGGUAGGGGAUUUAAAGCUUCUGUACUGUGAUUCUUUCAUUCAGUGCCCCUUAUGCCUCGGUUUAGGAGCAUGGAUUAGAUGUCAGGAAGAGAAUAUAGUUCUUUACUGAAAUUACAUAUUAAAUCUGUUAUGUAUGGACUAAAGAUUUACUAACAUUUUUUGGAAGAAGAAGAAGAAGAAGACAAGUGCCCACAAUUGGAAGGUGGUUCCCUGUGCCCUGACCUCUGACCUCAGCCCGGACUUGCAGGAGUUUCCUGUUUUCUGGGAUGUUGGCCUUAGUUAUGUGCCUAAUCGACCAGAGUGAGGCUUCCCCCAUCUUAGCGAGGUGACAACUUGUUGAAUUCGUAAGAUUUUUAUUCUUUGACUGUUUGCUUCUUUUUAAAACAACUAAACCCAGAAGUGCAUUUUGAGGUGGAUUUUAAAUAAAUCUGACUGUUCGAGUUUUAUGUUUAAGCUGUUGUCCAAUGAAACCACAACAAAAACAAAAUAAAAGCUAAAGUCUAAAGACUGAGACUCUA